GUAUUCUCUUCUUCCUUGGGUUACUGUAUAGUUUCUCAUCAUUGUCACUCUUCAUCUUGCUCACUCUUCCCCGUGUAGAAAGAGAUCGCCUACCAGCUACUCGGCUACAGGACCCAAUGCUCAAAUCUUAAAAAUAACAUAUCUUUCUUCUUCUUAUUCAACCUUUGUGCAUUGUCGUUCAUGAUCUCUGCCGCAUCCACCCAUAUACAUGAAGAAUCUCUAUCCGGCCCUUGACAAUGUCAAAUUUGCCGAAAUGCCAUGUUGUUGAAGUCCAAGAGUGUCACAGUUCAGAUGAGGAGCCGAGAGCUUGCUGCUCCAAUGAGUCUAGCUCUGAGAUUGAAGGUGUCGGUGUUGCAUCUGAGAAAGACAGGUCGUCCUCUGCAUCAGAGUGCUCUGUGGGGGUGGAUCUUGAGGAUGGGGCUCCUGAGAUCAAGGCGCAUUUGGCAAACGUGGAGAGAGAUUGCAGGAUUUGCCAUCUGAGCUUGGAUGCAACAAAUCAAGAAUCUGGGGUGGCCAUUGAGUUGGGCUGUUCUUGCAAGGAUGACUUGGCUGCUGCUCAUAAACUCUGUGCUGAGGCCUGGUUCAAGAUUAAGGGUAACAAAGUUUGUGAGAUCUGUGGAUCGACUGCACGUAAUGUGACUGGUGCUAAUGAGGCUGAGUUGACGGAGCAGUGGAACGAGGCAAGUGACGCUGUCACCACCACAGCAAUGACUGCUCCACCGCCUGUGCAAGCUACGGAGACAAGGAACUUCUGGCAGGGCCACCGCUUUCUGAACUUUCUCCUUGCUUGUAUGGUUUUCGCUUUUGUUAUCUCUUGGCUAUUCCACUUCAACAUACCCUCAUAAUUGGGGACAAAUGACAUGAUUCCGGUAUGAUGGUGAAGAAGAAGGUACACACUCCACCACUUGCAGCAUUCACUCAGUUACAUUCCUAGUAUGUACUGUCGAAUUUGCUAUAUAAUCUGGAGCGAGCUAUCUUCAGUCGCCGUGAUAAUAUAUACCCACCUAUGUCUCAUGUUCAACCGACUUCCAUGUAAAGCGAGUUCUAUUAUUGACGCUUUGAUAUGCAUGAACGAAACGUGUUAUAUUCUUUGUAGUUCUAUGUGAUUUUAGCCCGUUAAAUA